CAAACGUGAUUGCAUAGAUAAAAUAUUGUAAUGUUGGUGACAUUUUCUGUAGUGCGGUGCACAAUAGCGUUUCCACUAAUUUAAAUACAACGAUAAGAAGAAAUCUGAAGAAUUUAUUAAAUUGUUUUACAUUUGUUUGUCAACUGUAUAUCAACUUAUGACAGUGUGCUGAAAGCGAAUUUCUGAUUUUUAUUGGUUCUGAAUGCAUACGCACGAUUCUAAAUACCUAAAUUGUGCUUAUUGGGGAUAGAGUAACAUGAAAAUGGAUCUUAAAGACAAAAAUUUCAAAAAAAUCGGUGCAAUUUGCUUGUGUGUCCUUAUCGGUGGGCUGAUAUUUAGCUAUGGAAUAUUUCCAGCAAUUUUACGCUUCAUGAUAAAACAGAAUGUUUUGCUAAAACCUGGAACGCAGAUUCGGGGCAUGUUCGAAAAAAUACCUUUUCCGUUGGACUUCAAGCUGCACUUAUUCAACGUGACAAACCCAGACGAUGUAAUGCAUGGUGGAAAACCAAGAGUAAAGGACAUCGGUCCGUUAUAUUUUGAAGAAUGGAAAGAAAAGUUCGACACAAUUGACGACGUUGAAGAGGAUACGCUAACGUUUACGUUGCGUAAUACGUGGAUAUUUCGUCCGGACCUUUCAGCGCUGACCGGAGAAGAAAUCGUUACCGUACCGCAUCCGCUAUUGAUGAGCGUAUUGUUAUCAGUGCAACGAGACCGUGAAGCAAUGAUGCCACUGGUGUCGAAAGGAGUAAACAUCUUGUUUGAUCCAUUAGAGUCCGCUUUUUUGAAGGUCCGUAUAAUGGAUCUGCUGUUUGACGGAAUAUUAGUCGACUGUAGCAGCAGCGAUUUUGCAGCAAAAGCCCUCUGCUCAGGGAUGGACUCAGAGGGAGCUCUUAGCCCACACAACGAGACGCACUAUAAGUUCUCUUUGUUCGGUAUGAGGAAUCAUACUGACGCCGGAAGGUGGGUGGUGUAUCGAGGAGUGAAAAACAUUCGCGACCUCGGGAGAGUGAUUUCGUAUAAUGAUGAAACUGAAAUGGACAUUUGGGAUGGAGAUGCAUGUAAUCAGUAUGUCGGUACGGAUUCAACUAUCUUUCCUCCAUUCCUUACGAAGCAGGACAAACUAUGGGCCUGGUCACCGGAGAUCUGCCGGUCACUUGGCGCUCAUUAUGUAGAAAAAUCCAAAUAUGCUGGUUUACCCAUGAGCUAUUUUGAGCUGGAUUUCGGUGACAUUAAGAACGAACCCCAUAAUCACUGUUUUUGUCGCGAUGCACCGGAUGACUGUCCGCCCAAAGGAACGAUGGACUUAUCGCCUUGUCUGGGAGCACCGUUCAUUGCCUCCAAACCUCACUUCUACGGAGCCGAUCCAAAGCUUAUUCAAGAUGUUGACGGACUUGAGCCGAAUAAAGAAGCUCACGACGUCUACAUACACUUCGAACUGUUUACAGGGAGCCCUGUUUCGGCAGCAAAACGCCUACAGUUUAGCAUGGAAUUCGGUCCCAUCCAUGGACACGAGUUGUUUGGGCAGCUGCCUGAGUUGUUGCUGCCAAUGUUCUGGGCGGAGGAAGGAGCAUCGCUCAACAAAACGUGGACUAACCAGUUGAAGUAUCAAUUAUUUUUGGGUCUAAAGUUCAACGCAACGGUGAAAUGGCUCACAAUCAUAAUAGGAACACUGGGAACGAUUGCAUCCGGCUAUAUGCAUUAUCGAAAGGAUGUUGUGAAAACGACCGACGUUUCACCGGUCAAUGUGACUACCGCAGAGACGAGCCCAUCGUCGGCUACUGAGAAGGUUACUAACGUUUCCCUGGGGAAACAAGUUCCAGCUAUCAUCGAUGGCUUGGAAAAGCCAGCAAAAAUCUCAAUGAUACAAGUGCAUGAAAGAUAUUAGUUUACCAUUAACCGGGUUAGGUUUAAUGAUCGAGCGGUGGCAUAUUGGAUACCGAAACUCUAAUAAUUCAGACAAGAAUGCUGUUUCAAGAAUGUUUAUUCAAUCGAUAGAGGGUUGGCAGACAUCGCUCUCAAU